AUGGCCCUCUCCCCACCCCCCGCUGCCGCGUGCUUGUCACAAUCGCGCCAAGGCCUCACCGAACGCGCCAUUUCGCACGGCGUCGACGUCCUCACAAACUUGCACGCCGCACGCGAGACCAAGCGCCUUCGCUACUCCUCUGUCAGCCGAGACCCCGAUCAAGAUACCUGCGACUCUCCUUCUCCCAUCCUCGACUCCUUUGUCGACAGUCAAGGACCUGGUGUCGUUCACAAACUUACCAACUUCUCUCCAACAGAGUUCAACUCACUCUGGGCCGAGCUCCAAGGUUUCAUCCAGUCGAACUGGAAUGUUGGAAGUGGACGCAAGUGCGAAGUAUCACCACGAGACAUGUUAUUCAUGACGCUCACCUCUCUCAAACACUGUGGGUCAUGGGAUGUAGUCGCCGCUGUGUUCAAAGAGAAGUCCCCGACGUUCUCAAAGCGAGUUACCGGGUUCAUCACUGCAAUCCAUCCCUACCUGAAGGCAAAGUUCAUCGAUGGCCUCGCCGACAAGUGGAGAAUGCCUGCGCUGGACAAGGCUGGCCUAUGCUUCAAGAACUAUCCAUGGGCCCUGUACGCUGUGGACGUUACGUUUCAGCAAGCCAACGCACCAGCGGGGUCAUUUGCGGAGAAGAAGCGCUUCUUUAGCAAGAAGCAUGGUCUCUACGGCAUGAAAGUGGAAGCGAGUGUCCUUCCAAAUGGAUAUGCGAUCAACGUGACGAACGCGGUACCCGGGAGUUUGGCUGAUAUUACAAUCUGCUACGACAACAAUGCAUUUCACCAAGACAUGCUGACGAAGGUCGGCGAUGAAACAACCAUGUCUGACAACGGGAGUUUGCGGAACGAGUACCCAAACUCAUGGGCUUUGCUGGCUGACAAGGGUUAUCAAGGCCUCUACCGCCAUAUGCGUGCAAUCACCCCUGCGAAGCGCCCUGCCGGUGGUUUACUGCCGGUGUCAGUAAUGACUGCCAAUGACAGCGAUCGUGUUGUCGUUGAAAAAAUUUUCGGGCGAUUGAAGACACUUUGGACCAUCAUGAGCGAGUCGUACUCUUGGAAGCGUGAUCAUUAUGAUCUCUUUUUUCAAACUUGCGUUGCGUUAACGAAUGUUCACAUUCGUUUUUUGCCGUUGCGUGAUUUAGAUGGGGAAGAUUUCGCGCGCUACGAGAAUCGACUGCUCUCGCUGGGCGACAGAAUCAAGUCCAAACGUGCUGGCUCGAUGGCUAAGUAUCGUGAGAAGCGCAAACAUCGCGGAGUCGGCAGGAAGCACACUACCAACACGACGAUGACGGACGUCGUACACGCAUUCAUGAUGCAUUCACCGCCCCUGCCAAGCCGCGUUAUCUACAACUGUAUUGUACACACCAAGAAGAAGGUCAAGUCUAUGAGUCAAUACCUCCAGGCCCUCGAUGAAGCGGAUGAUGAUGCGUCACAUGUCUCCUCCUCCGAAGCUUCAGCAGGAGAUUCAGAGUAUAGUGAUGAAGUAGAAGAAUUCACUGCCUGA